AUGCUCUGCCGCAGUCUGAGCAUGCGCGCACCGUCGCCGGCGGCUGCGCACGCGAAUGAAGUGAUUGUGUCCGGCGGAGGGGUUGUAGGGGCCGCCAUGAUGGCCUCUCUACAGCAGCUGCGCAGCCAUCUUCACAGCAGCAGUGCCGGCCAAGGAGGCGGAGGUGCCGCGUCGCUCCUGACCUCGCAGCUGACCCAUCUGAUGCUGGUAAACUCGGGGAAGCGGCCGGUCUACGAUGCUGCCAAUAUGAUGGACAGACUUCGCACCGUCAGCAUCACACCCGUAUCCAGCAAGAUCAUCGACAACCUCGGCGCCUGGGACCGACUCACCACCAAGCACCCUUACUACCGCAUCGCCGUGCGCCACGAGCAGGCGAACAGCCCCUACCUCGGCGCAGGAAGUCGCUCCUCCUCCUUCUUCAUGACCAGUGUCUUGGGCAACAGCACGAGCUCUGAGCCUCUCCUGGAGUUUACUGACCUGCGCAAGCCGGUCGGGUUCAUCUGCUUCAACACAGAACUCAACAGCUGCAUGAUGGAUGUGGUGGAGGCUCAACAGUGCGCCCUUGCCGACACCGGCGCCGACGCCGCUCAUGACACGGUCUGUUUUGGGGCGCGCCUCGAGGGGGUGCGGAUCCCGAGCCAGGGGACUCUUGGCGGGCCGUGGGGAUCGGCAAAGCUUGCUGUCGGCGAGACCACCACCGAUGUCACCUUUGGCCUCCUCCUCGGCUGCGAGGGACGUGACAGCCCACUACGCGACGUCCUCUCCACGCCAGCGCUGCAGCACGACUACGCACAGGCGGCAUUUGUUUGCACCGUGCGACUGGAAAAGUCAGACGACGGCAACGUGUGCGCCUUUCAGAACUUCUUCCGCGAUGGAAAAAUCGUUGCAAUGCUGCCGACCUCUGAGGACAUGGCGAACAUUGUCUUCAGCACCACGCCGCAGCACGCGAAGGAGCUGCUGGCGAGCACCCAGGAGGACCUCGUCGCGGAGCUGAACCGCCGUCUCUGCGCAUUCGCCUCCAACGACAUACCGAAGAUCCUCGAAGUGCCACAGAGCAGCACGUCAGAUGGGAAGGUGCGUCGCGCGCAGGGAUCCUUCCCGCUUAAGCUGAACGUGGCAACCACUCCCUACGCCCCACGCGCAAUCCUACUCGGCGACGCGGCGCACAGUAUUCACCCCUUUGCUGGCCAAGGCCUCAACCUCGGCAUCUACGACCUCUGCGCCCUCACUUCGGUGCUGGAGCAGGCAAUCCGUAGCGGUCAGGACGUUGGCAGUAGCGUCGCAGUGGGGCAGGUGUUCGCUGGUCACAUGCUCAGCCACACGGCACCCGUUAUUACCGGCAUGGAGGUAAUCAAGAAACUCACGUACUGGACGCCUGGCCUGGCCUCGGUCGGGAUGAAGGCGCUCAACAGCAUUCCAGUCGUCUCCACGUUGGCGAAGGACGCCAUUCUGCAGGUGUCCUCUGGCGCCCUGUUCGCUGCACAGCACAGGCGCUCUUACCUCCUUCAGUAA